GGAAUCAGCGCGCACGUGCAGUUGUUUACAACAAUCAUCGACGCUUUAAUUAAUAUUUUCAUUAAUAUCGUGUGAGCCAAGGUGCUGUUGCCAAAGCAGCUGCAUAUGAGCGCUGGCUUCUCAGCAAAAAUGGCACUUUUAAAGUGUCGGUACAUUUGAUAUGACUCCACGUCUGUUGGGGGCAGUAGAGGACAGCCGAGCGGGAAACAAAGCGAGAAGGGAGCAGAAAAGCAGCGGAGAACGAUGCUGCGUUAGCAAAGCUAACUGUUGUCAACUCAUUUAUCAGCAACUCCUUUUGUUAAAGAUGAAAUUGUACUGUCUGUCGGGUCAUCCUACAUUGCCCUGCAAUGUCCUCAAGUUCAAGUCCACCACCAUCAUGUUGGACUGUGGACUGGACACCACCUCUGUCCUCAACUUCCUGCCCCUGCCCUUGGUGCACAGUCCAAGACUUUCCAAGCUACCUGGUUGGGUCUCUAAGGAUGGAACAAUAAAUUUGGGAAAGGCACGAGAAGCUGUUUGUAAUGUGCUUCGGUUACUUGGCGUAUAUUUCAACGAGCUGAAGGAGUGUGCAGGGAGGGUGUUUGUUGACGCACAGCCAGAGUUCUGUCUCCCUGAGAGAGAACUGUUGGACCUGUCCACCAUCGAUGUCAUUCUUAUCUCAAACUACCACUGCAUGAUGGCCCUGCCUUACAUCACAGAGCACACCGGCUUCACCGGGACAGUGUACGCCACGGAGCCCACGCUGCAGAUUGGCAGGCUGCUGAUGGAGGAGCUCGUGAACUUCAUGGAGAGAGUUCCUAAAGCCCAGUCUGCCACGUCCUGGAAGAACAAGGAGAUACAAAGGAUGCUCCCGGGGCCGCUGAAGGAUGCAGUUGAUGUGUGGAUGUGGAAGCGAUGCUACAGCAUGCAGGAGGUUAACUCUGCGCUCAGCAAAGUGCAGCUUGUGGGUUAUUCACAGAAAGUGGAGUUGUUUGGAGCUGUACAAGUCUCCCCAUUGAGCUCCGGCUACUCGCUGGGCAGCUCCAACUGGAUCAUCCAGUCUCACCACGAGAAGGUGUCCUAUGUGUCUGGCUCGUCUCUACUCACCACACAUCCUCAGCCCAUGGACCAGAGUUCCCUAAAGAAUAGUGACGUCCUCAUUCUGACAGGCCUCACUCAGAUGCCUACUGCCAACCCAGAUGGCAUGCUGGGAGAAUUCUGCAGUAACUUGGCCAUGACCAUCCGGGCAGGAGGAAAUGUGCUGGUGCCGUGCUACUCCUCGGGAGUGAUCUACGACCUGCUCGAGUGUUUGUACCAGUUCAUAGAGAGCGCCAACCUGGGGACCACGCCCUUCUACUUCAUCUCACCCAUAGCCAACAGCUCGCUGGAGUUCUCUCAGAUCUUCGCCGAGUGGCUUUGUCACAACAAGCAAACAAAGGUGUAUCUCCCAGAGCCGCCUUUCCCACACGCAGAGCUCAUCCAAACCAACAAGCUGAAGCACUACCCCAGCAUUCACGGAGACUUCAGCAGCGAGUUCCGUCAGCCCUGCGUGGUUUUCACCGGUCACCCCUCUCUGCGCUUCGGCGACGUCGUUCACUUCAUGGAGCUCUGGGGCAAAUCCAGCCUCAACACUAUCAUCUUUACUGAGCCGGACUUCUCCUACCUGGAUGCCCUGGCGCCGUACCAGCCGUUAGCCAUGAAGUGCGUUUAUUGUCCUAUUGACACACGGCUCAACUUCCACCAAGUAUCAAAGCUGCUCAAGGAAGUCCAGCCGCUCCACGUGGUGUGUCCCGAGCAGUACACCCAGCCUCCUCUGACCCAGUCCCACCGCUCCGACCUGAUGUUGGAGCUGCAGCCUCCUCCUAUGCCCUACAGACGCUGCUCUGUUCUUAACCUGCCCUUCAGACGCCGCUAUGAACGCAUCUACAUCCUGCCUGAGCUGGCCAACUCCCUGGUGCCCUCUGAGAUCAAACCCGGCGUCUCUGUGGCGACCGUGUCUGCGUUGCUGCACUCAAAGGACAAUAAGCACACGUUACAGUCGGUGCCCAAACCCCCUCCCAUGCCCCCCAGCAAGAAGAGGAAGCGUGUGAUUGAGGAGCCCCCUGUAGCGUUGGCCCCUAAACCCAUGCUGAGUGGAGCUGUGGCCCUGGAAGCUUUUCUGGCCACUUUGCAGAAGCACGGGAUCACAGAAGUUAAAGUGGAGGAAACGGCAGAUGGGCACAUCCUGCACCUGCAGGCGGAGGACACGCUCAUUCAGCUGGAGGAGGACGGGACGCAUAUCGUCUGUGACAGUGAGCCACUGAGGACCACGCUCAGGGACCUGGUGCUGCGCUUCCUGCAGAAACUCUGAGCUGAAUCCUGGCUGUUCGUUUUUAACCGUGUUUCUGCGUCGCUGGAUUAUGGACAGAAGCGGAAGGGAAGGGUGUGGAUGCUCAACGGCCAUAUUUACAGUCGUUUCACUGUACAGCAUUGUUUGGUUUUAUUUUAUAAAACUCACAGAAGUAUUAUUUUGUAUUAAAAAGGUUUUCCAGAAUUGUACCAAAGGGGGUACACUGUAUUUAUAGGGUUGCACCAAAGAAGAACAAUGAGGAGGGGCUCCAACUGGUAAUGAACAUAACUACAGGCUUGAAGGUCCUAGAAGUAUAACAGGAACGGUUUGGGGUCUCGAACACAUUUUGUGUAAUUAUAACAAUAUGUAAUUUAUGAACCGGUUACAUUUGCAUGGGAUAAAAUGAGGAAAGCGCUUUACUCACAGAAGUGUUCCUUCUGUGGAAUGAGUAACCACAGCAGGUGUUUUUUCCCGGCACACGCUGACAUGACACAAGAGGAAAUGCACAGUAAACAUGAUCAACAGGAAUGAUGGCUGAAUAUUUAAGCUGGGCUCCCUGAACACACCAGAGCCUCUGUCAGUGUUCACAGUGUAGGUGUUGAGCUGCGAGUGGUUUGCUGACGGUGUUUUCACACACACACAGUCCAAAUGCUCCGUUUCUCUGGUGAGGAAACAACCAUUUCAGUAGCUCCUAAACAGUUACACAUUUUUCCAGCGGGAGGAGUCGCCCCCUGCUGACCAUUAUAAAAAAUACCAGUUUAAGGCACUUUGACAGCAGCUUCAUACCUCAGAGCCAGAUUCUGUGAUAUUCUUCCAACUACAUAGACUCCAGAUGUUUUAUACUGAGUGUGUUUGGCAUUUGGAUUUGGCCUGCACUCCCUGGACUCAGACACAUUUGUGAGAAAAAAAAAUAGAGUCAGCUUUUCAGCUUGAUGUGCAUUUAUUGAGACACCGUAUGAAAGUUUUGCCUUUUAACAUUUGUGUGCAACUUUUCCCAAUCUCAGUGACAAAAAAAUCCCGUCAGAAAUUCCUGAACCCAGAUUCAGAUACUGAAAAGGUUCAUCAUGUGUAGCACCUUUUUGUUUAAUUCACUUUUCCUUCAUAUGUUGAGCCACAAAGCUAUUAGCCAAAAUGUCAUAUUUGAUAUACGUCAGCAUGUUGUGCAAUGCAUUCUUAAAAAAUAUGACCAAGCUAGACAAAAGAAGAAGUAUCUGACCUAAAAAACACAUCUAUAGCAGAUGAACAGUAGCUGAGUCAUGUUCACAAGAAUUAAAUAAAAAUAAAAAAAAACUAAGCUGACACAGGAGCUGGGAAACACACCUGCACAGAAAAACACACAGUGGGACACUAACAGUCAUGGACUGGCCUCCCCAGAGCCUGGACCUCAACAUUACUGAAGCAAUGUGGGAUGAUCCUGACAGAGGAAGCCAAGAUCCAAAAAGAGCUUUGAAUGUCCUUCAAGAAGCCUGGAGAACUAUUUUUGGAGCCUACUUAAAGAAAUGAGAAGAAGGCUGCCUAACAGAGUUCAGACUGCUGAGAAAUGAAGGCGGUCACACCAAAUAUUUCCAGCUGGUUCAAACUUGUACAAAGUCAGUUUUUUGUCUUUUAAACUAUAUUCUGGUGCAUUUAAAAAAGUUUUAAAAAAUUGAAAAACUGAAAUAAAACACUGCACCCAUUUCUCAAAUUCUUAGUGAAACAGGAAAUGAUGUCGCUCAUGACUUCUGCACAUUAUCGUAAGUCUGGCCCAGCUCACAGUAAAAACUAUUGUGAGUAACCCCGCUUACAAAGAGACCAGUAAAGUCACCGACAUGUAUGAGGCACGACACCGACAACUCAUUCGUGUCACAAAAUAUUUAAUCGGUGCAGAAUUGAUUACAUGCGUCAGAAGUACAUCUAAUAAUAAGCUGUACAAUAUCUUACAGUGUACUACGUGUUGCUUUGAUAAUACAACUGUCUGCAGCAGGAGGAUCAUGUAGGACUGAUAAAUGUGAGGUGCUCUGAAAAAAACAAAAA